AGCAAGCAGAGCAGCAAGCAACAGAAGAGAUGUGAUCUGCUCUCUUUGAGUUCUAUUAAAAACAACAGAAACAAAAAAAUCCAAGAACAAACACUUGCAGAAAGCUGGGAGAAAGGACUAAGAAAACCAGAUAAAGUGGCUAAACGGGCUGAAGGAAACACCUAGCAUGAAGGACAAAAGGAGCAGAACCUGAUUAGUUUAUCAAAGGCAAGGUAGGUGAUGUGAUCAGUGUGGGAGAUCUUUCAUCAGGAGCAGGCUCAGGGUCCUUAAUCUCCUUGAUCUACCAGACAAGGGCAAAGUGGAGCCUGUGCCAAAACUGCGUUUGGAUGAGCAGUGCGGCACACGCCUGCACGGACGGGAGCCCCAGAAACAAAUUCCAGGGGAGGCGGUGGGUUCUCCAUCCCUCUGGGAUGAGGUGCACAGCUUCCCAGGGUUGCCUGGCUUCCUACAACAGGCGUUUAGCUAAACACAAGCUUUUUCAGUUGGGGAUGAAGGCAGAAAGUCCGAUGUAGUGGUGUUUAGUUAUGUGCAAACUGGAUAAGCAAAUGACUUUUGUUUUUUGGUCUUAUGCACUCCUAAAGCCAUGCCUCUGACUAUGGCUAAAUCAGAUUAAGAUUCAAGAAAGUCUCCAGGAGAGGGAAGGAUGAGCUUAUCUCCCUGGAGGAAAGCUUGCUCCUCCUCUAGUAGCAGGCACUUGGGUUAUGUGCUGAGGGGUGAGUUGUUUACAUACCUUUUGCUUUAAAUAUUUACUAUUAGAGCUCUUCUUGUUAUUCUUUAGUUGCUGUAAUUUUUCACCUUCCUCUCCCCUUCUUGGUGCCUUAGGUGCACAUGGGUGCAAUAUUAACCAGCUGGUUUUAAUGAAAAUGAACGACUUACAGUCCGGAUAUUUUAUUUCACACUUCUUGGGGCUCUCCUCUAGGCCUGUUGAUUUAUUAAACCUUCAUUAGAUCCAGGAUGAUAGUAUCAGUUUAGCUUAGCAAUGCAGAGUGACCCAGGGAACUGAGACUAAACCAAACUGCUUCAGAUUCAUCUGCUGAAGAACUUUGAGCUGCUUCAUCAUCUUCACGAGACUGCUCUGAAAAGAUCUUUUGAGGUCGAGGAGGUAGAUCAGUCUUCAAAUUCCUCCACCCCACCAAGACGGACCCCGAACCCCCUCCUCAGGUCCACCGUCUCCAGCUCCACACAGAAGUUUCAGGAACUUGGUGCCAGGAAUUCGGAGCCAUCUGCCCGACAUGCAGACCCCACAGCCCAAAGAUCACCCAAGCCCUCUCUGAGGAGAGUGGAGCUCUCUGGACCCAAACUGCCCGAGCCAGUGUCCAGAAGAACAGAAAUCUCCAUUGACAUCUCAUCCAAGCAGGUGGAGAACUCCACCUCAGGGUUGUCAAGGUUUGGCCUGAAAAGAGCAGAUGCGCUGGGGCACAAACCCCCCGAGCCCACCCCAAGGAGGACUGAGAUCACCCUCGGCAAACCCCAGGAGCCGGGUCUCCGGAGGGUGGAGGCGCCACCAUCAAAGAUCCCUGAGAUGCCCCAGCGAAGAGCUGAUACAGCCAACGCUCCUGUGCCCGACACGGCCACCAAGCGUGUGGAAAUUCAGGUAGCCAAGGCUGCCGAGGUCCCAGCCCCACCGGUGCGGCAAGCGGAAAGCUCAGAGCCUCCCCUGGCCCCCCAGCCUCCCCAGGCAGAGCCAAAGCCACCACCAGUGCUGAUGGAGAGCCCACCAAAGAGAGAAGAAGGUCCAGAGGCAGUUCCCAGCCACGCACCCGGCAUGACGGACGCUCCGCGGGAUGCCGGCCCCAAGCAGGCGGCACCGACGCGGCCGGAGAAACCAGCUGCAGACUUCGGCUACGUGGGGAUAGACGCCAUCCUGGAGCAGAUGAGACGGAAAGCCAUGAAGCAGGGGUUCGAGUUCAACAUCAUGGUCGUGGGUCAGAGCGGCUUGGGGAAAUCAACAUUAAUCAACACCCUUUUCAAAUCCAAAAUCAGCCGGAAAUCUGUACAGCCGACUUCUGAAGAGCGGAUCCCCAAGACCAUUGAAAUCAAAUCCAUCACUCACGAGAUUGAAGAGAAGGGGGUUCGCAUGAAGCUGACAGUCAUCGACACCCCGGGCUUUGGAGACCACAUCAACAAUGAGAACUGCUGGCAGCCCAUCAUGAAGUUCAUCAACGACCAGUAUGAAAAGUACCUGCAGGAGGAAAUCAACAUUAACCGCAAGAAGCGGAUCCCUGACACGCGGGUGCACUGCUGUAUAUACUUCAUCCCAGCCACCGGCCACUCGCUGCGGCCGCUAGACAUCGAGUUCAUGAAACGCCUGAGCAAAGUGGUCAACAUCGUCCCUGUGAUUGCAAAAGCCGACACGUUAACGCUGGAGGAGAGGGACUACUUCAAACAAAGGAUAAUGGCCGAUCUUCUUGCCAACGGCAUUGACGUGUAUCCUCAGAAGGAGUUUGAUGAAGACUCUGAAGAUCGGCUAGUGAAUGAGAAAUUCAGGGAAAUGAUCCCGUUUGCAGUGGUAGGCAGUGACCAGGAAUAUCAGGUUAAUGGAAGACGAAUCCUUGGAAGGAAGACCAAAUGGGGCACCAUUGAAGUGGAGAACACGACACACUGUGAGUUCGCCUACCUGCGAGACCUCCUUAUCAGGACGCACAUGCAGAACAUCAAGGAUAUUACCAGCAACAUCCACUUCGAAGCCUACAGGGUCAAGAGGCUGAAUGAGGGCCAGAGCUCGCUCUCCAACGGCGUGACCGACAAAGAGCUGGUGGCUAACGAAAUGUAACCGUCUCGCUCCGUAGCCAGGACCUUGCUCACUCACGCUCGCUAUUUUUCCCCUCUUCCCCCUUUAUUUUUAUAUAAAUCCUCUGCCACUGUCCCUCUCCCCCCCACUCCCCCAAAACCCCCUGCCAAUGUUAACUGACCAAAUAACCAGACGCUGUCAUGCGGAGCGGGGUGACCGCUCAUCCCCCCCUGUUUUGUGGCAUGGGUUUUCUUCUCAACCCCCAGUCCAGCAUCCCUGGGGACUGUUCCCCUGCAGAGGCAGGGUUGGGGUGCCCCUGGGAGCGCCCCCCAUGCAAAGGCUCUUCUCCGUCCAUGGAAGGCAAGGGUUUCUCCAGGUGAACGUAACCUUCGGAAGCAAGGUACGGUGGUGUGAAGAGAGCAAGAUGGUGCCAUCCUUGUCUCCUGUCACCUCCUCUGAGCCCUCUGCAGCCCUCCGGGACCCGCCAGCCCCCAACCCGACCCCUCUACCCUGCCUACAUGCAAUAAUCUGGGAGAGUUUAGGUGUCACCUCGCCUGUCACCGACCCCCAGCCAGGCAGAGUGACCUGCUUUGGGAGAAGUGCCUUUUCAGACUGUGACCUUGCAAUAGUGUGGGAAAAGGGAGGGAGGGUUUGCUUGUCUGUCUUUGCAGCCUGCAAAAGGCCUGUGACGCUUUGUAGAGACUCCUUUUCCCUCUCCCUUGGACCGUAGAUGUGGCUGAUGGCCUGGGAACACUUGUGUAUUUAUUUUUCAUUCAGUCUGGUGGGUUUUUCCCGCUGAAGACUCCGAGUAUGUUUGUCUGAAGGGGUCUGAGAGUGGAACGUCUCUGCAAAGCGGUGGUGGGAGACAGAGGGUUGUCCUGGCUGACCCUUGUGAUUCUCAGGCUUUUCCCUACAUCAGAGGAGGCUGUUGGAUAUUUCCUUCUUUUUUUAACAUUUUUUUGAACCCCUGUGACGUGUGUGUACGUAUCACAGUCCUGUUUUGCUGUCCUUGUGCAAGGGGACUGUGCAUGUGGGAUCUGAGCCCCUCAGCCAUGGGGGGCGCUGGGGCAGCGUUUUCUGCACCCCAUGACCCCCCAGCUCUACCCCUGCUCCCUUCAGCUCUGCCACGUUGCAUCUCCCGUCUCUGUGAGUCUCCAGUGAAAAUACAGACCCUGCAAGGGGGUCGGUGAAGUAACGCCGUGACACGGGAGCGGGUGGUCCUGCCGCCUGCCCCGGCCCCACUUGCCUUUGUGUUCGCUCUAUCAGUCUCCGUAUCCUCUCUAAGGGAUAAAACUUACUGCGAAUCACCCUUUUGUUUAGUAAAAUGGCACGUGUCCCAUCCUCUAGCGCUGAGAGGCACCUGCAGAGCCCACACGAUGGUGCCCAUGGGAGCAGAGCCACCUCCAGCACCAGUGAGCAGGAGGAGGCCGCCCUCACCUUGCUGGGGAUGCCCAGAUGAUGUUGCUCAGUGGAGGGUUUGCAGGGGCUCCCCACUUGUCCCCCUCAACCAGCUAAAGGGGCGUGUUUGGGGGGACACAUCACAAGGAGAAUCCGCUCUCCCCCUUAACUCGUAUUUCCCUCCCGCAACAGCACAACGUAGUUGUUGGGGAAGAACAACUAUACUUGCUGACUUGCUAUAUUUUAGCAAAAACAAAACAAAACAAGUGUAUUAACUGAAAAUAUAUAUAUAUUUCUAGUGUUAAAAAAGAAGACAAUGAAAGGGGAGAAAAUCUCUUGUGUGAGGCACUUCUGCAAAUGUCAUCUUAAACUGGUUUUUUUCCUCUAGUUGAUAUCUCAAGCUGGGCCAAGCAAGACAUGCCGCUUUCUCCUUUGUAACCUGAUUAUUUUUUUGGAAGGAAAAAAAUAAAAGGAAAAUAAUACAGUAAAGAAAAACCAACUUCAUCCAGAUCUGUUAAAAUGGCCUUUUGGGGGUUAUAAGCAUUAUGACAAAUUUAGUCCAUUUUUGUAUAAAUAAUAGUGUUUAAUAUGUAUUUCCCAAAAUAAAUGUUUCAAAUGCAAAUAGUA